CGUGACGCACUUCCGUCCCUCCAGCCGCCGGGUAAUCAUGUUUUCAGUGUUUCUCGGACUGUAAAGGAGACAGACGCAGACCAACACUCCUGCAGGCGAGCUACAUUAAAUCUAACAAACCACUCUGAGAGAUUAAUCUAACUCAGGACGUAAACUCGGUCAACAGAAAAACCUCAAAGUUUCCAGGUCGAGCUGCUUCUGAACAUUUCCUACAAUGGCCAAGGUUCAGGUGUUAAAUGUUGCUGUGCUGGACAACCCGAGCCCGUUUAGGAACCCGUUUCAGUUUGAGAUCACCUUUGAAUGCAUGGAGGAUCUACCGGAAGAUCUGGAGUGGAAGAUCAUCUAUGUCGGCUCAGCUGAGAGCGAAGAAUACGACCAGGUGCUGGAUUCUGUUCUUGUCGGCCCGGUCCCGGCUGGAAGACACAUGUUUGUGUUUCAGGCUGACGCUCCCAACACCGGGCUGAUUCCAGAGACUGAUGCUGUCGGAGUCACUGUGGUCCUUAUAACCUGCACCUACUGUAGGCAGGAGUUCAUCCGCAUUGGUUACUACGUCAACAAUGAAUACACAGACCCAGAACUACGAGAGAACCCUCCUCUUAAACCUGAUUACGCUCAGCUUCAGAGAAAUAUCUUGGCCUCCAACCCCCGAGUGACCCGCUUCCACAUCAACUGGGAGGGCUCAGCGGACAAGAUGGAGGACUGCGAGAACGUCGACCCGUCCCCCAACAUCACCGGCAUGCUCCCCCCGGCCUGUUUACCGGGAAAGAUGCCCCCUCUUGGACUGAUGCCGGACAACUCCAUGGACUGCAUGUAAGAAUCAACGGACUGAGACGAUGGGCCGGAAGCUCUGCGUCUCUUAAAACAUCACAAACACAUACGGACAAGGAGGCCACGGACACAUCCACCCACAACAUGGACAAUUACAGAAAACAGGGCUUUUAUUUUUAUACAGCAAACUCAUGAGGGAAGAAUCUGACAGGAAGCCUUUCACACACAGAUCUGCACUACCAACUCUGCCUUAUUUCACUUUCUCUGUGUCUGAUGACGUUUACGCCGAGCCAGAGGAGUUCACGAGAUCAUAACAGAUAUUUUCUUGCUGGUUCCCUCUCUGUGAAGUUCAUUUUGUCCUCUUAAAGGGACAGUUCAGGGUUUUUAGUGAGGGUAAUCACUCAAGCUGAGUCAGCUUGAGUCAAGACAUAAGGGGAGCCGGUCAGCUUGGCUGACUGGCUCCCCCUAUGUCUAUUAAGCCACAGGGGAAGCCGGUCAGCUUGGCUGACCGGCUCCCCCUGUGGCUUAAUAGACACGAGGAGCCGGUCAGCUUGGCCCCCUUUGUCAAGAAAGCUCCCGGAGUACCAACCGCCACAGCUGGAGUCAGAUCUACCACGUAUUUAAGCUAAUUUUAAAUAACUCCAACCGAGGCACUAUUCUCCAUAAGUGAGCGCUCCGCUAAGUUUCUCAGCUUCACUAUGUUGUCAGAAAGCCCAUUUAUUUGUGCACUAUUCUUUGACACCACAUUAUUGGGUUCUUCUGCCUGCAGCAACACUCAUCAUCUAGUUUGGUGUCACAGAUAUGUCGUGAUUUAGAUAUUUUUGCAUCUCAGUUUGACACCAUCUCAUGCAUCAAAUGCCCAAGAUCACCCAGCAGACACAGUCAGGGCUGCAGAGUUUGUUUCAGCUCGGCUGUUUGUCUUCCCCUUCUGCAGCUAACACUGUGAUAAAGCUAACAUUUCAUGCAUACGAUGGGUUGUGGCAUUAUGCAAUAAAAACCAGUUAGAGUCAAACAUUUACUUUGAAGAUGCACUUGCAUUCGCACAGAAGUUUACCCCCGCUCUCCUUCGGCCUCUUGAGUCUGCGUCCUCAGUAGUUGGCAUGACAUCGUUGCUGUCAUGUUGCCGGCUCAUUUUUUACUUUGAUUGUAUCUUUUUCUCUUUCGAAGCCUGCUGAUCCCAACGGCGGAUUAGUGCGCUGCAGCGUCAGAGAGUAUUGCAAAAACAAAUCUGCUCCCUGAUGGCGAAGUAAAUUGUUGAAAAAUUCCAAAUAGAGUUCACUUUCACCAAGAGUCAUGUGUUUCUUGUGGUAGAGCUGAUUGACAGACUGGCCUCUGCUCCUGCACUCCGGCCGCUUUCUCAACAAAGGAGCCGAGCCGACCAACAUCCCAGAAGGCCAACACACUUACUGUGACAAGAGUCUCACAACCCCACUGCAGAAAAACUGAACUAUCCCUUUAAGCACAGAUCAAAGCAAUGCCACUCCAAGUAGAUGCAGCAUUUGCUGCUUACACUUAAUACUUCUGCAGGUUUGUCUCAUUUGACAUCAAUUUAAAGCACUUGGAUUACCUCUGCGUUUAAAAACACAGGCAUUGUUCAGGUUCCUGUUAAAAGAAGCAGCGUUACUGUUAGCCUGAGCGCUACCUUAUACAUGCAACUCCAUAAUCAUGCUUCCAUAACAGGACCCAGCUGUUUUACAUGUUCCUUUACAUGUGGGUCUGUACUCAAACACAAAGAGACAAAGGUGCAUGAUGUCAUGUUGCAGUUGAAUCGUCCGGAUGAUGUGAGCAUACUGUAAAUAAUGGUUUCCCAGCGCUUAUUGUGUGUUAAAUAAGAAAACACGUUUUUUUUGUGCUUACUUUAUAUUCACUAUUUGUAUCGACGUGGUUUUGUUAAUAAAGUUUCUUUGGUUGA